CCAUAAAAUUAUACUCAAGGCUUCUCUUUCAUUCUUGUCACAUUCUUCUACACAAUCCAAUUAGGCAGAGAAAGUAGGCUCAGAAUGGCACAAGCAAUGGCAUCAAUGGCUGGUUUACGUGGUUCAUCUCAAGCUGUGUUGGAAGGAAGCCUCCAACUAAGUGGCUCAACACGCUUGAACAUCCACAGUAGCAGCAGCAGCAGCAACAGCAGGGUGUCCUCAACAAGGCUCACUGUUAGAGCCAACCAGGUUCCUUCUGAGCCACAGAGUAGCCGCAGGGCAGUGAUGGGUCUUGUUGCUGCUGGUUUGGCCACUGGUUCCUUUGUUCAAGCUGUUCUUGCUGAAGCUAAGUCCAUCAAAGUUGGUGGUCCUCCCCCGCUUUCCGGCGGUCUCCCUGGAACACUGAACUCAGAUGAAGCAAGAGACCUUGAGCUGCCACUGAAAGAAAGGUUUUUCCUGCAACCAUUGUCCCCUACUGAGGCAGCACAAAGGGCAAAGGAGUCAGCCAAGGAAAUUGUUGCUGUUAAGAAGUUUAUUGACCAGAAGGCUUGGCCAUAUGUUCAGAACGAUCUGCGCCUGAGGGCUUCGUAUCUUCGUUAUGACCUUAACACUGUCAUCUCUUCAAAGCCUAAGGACCAGAAACAAUCCCUCAAGGAACUUAGUGCAAAGCUCUUCCAGGAUAUCAGCAAUCUGGAUUAUGCAGCCAAAGUCAAGAGCUCCCCACAAGCAGAGAAGUACUAUGCUGAGGCUGUAUCUACUCUGAAUGAUGUCCUUGGCAAACUUGGUUAAUGUGAUUAUUUUCUUGCUUUCUUGUGUAAGCUUUGUCUAUGAUUUUCUCAAACACUAUGUUUAACUUCUAUUUGUGAAAAUCGAAUGAGCGAAAAUUUGCUAUAA